AUGGCACAAGCUGCAUCGCCAUCGUUCGCCUACAAGCUUCUUCGUCUCCUCGGCUUCAUCGCCUGGUUCCUCUCAAACUGCCUCAUCAUCCAUGCCACACAAUUCCUUGGCUUGCCAUUCUUGUUUCUUAGUAAACACCUCUGGUAUGCUUGGAUUCAACGUACAAAAGCAGCGUUCGGACUUGUUUGCGUGACGCUUGUCCAAUGGUUCGCACCGACGCGCGUCGUUGUUUCUGGCGAUCACUCUACAGCAGCGGAGAUUCAACCUGGUGAUAUUGCAAAUCGCGUCAAGUUGUCGUUUGCACCGCGUGCAGUGAUGAUUUCGAACCAUCAAAUAUAUGCAGAUUGGCUGUUUAUGUGGUGGACGGCGUAUACCUCUAAUUUGCACGGUGCCAUUUACAUUAUCCUCAAAGAAUCCCUCAAGUGGAUCCCUGUUGUUGGGUGGGGUAUGCAGUUCUUUGGAUUCAUCUUCAUGGCGAGAUCAUGGGAGAGGGAUAGACCGAACCUCGAACGCACACUACAGCGUCUGUCUAGAGAGCGUGAAGAGCCGCUCUGGCUACUCCUCUAUCCAGAAGGAACCAAUCAUUCCCCCAACACACGCGGUAUUGCUCAAGCAUACGCCAAGAAGGUCGAUGGACCAGAACUAAGACGCACCCUCCUCCCUCGAACAACAGGUUUACGCUUCUGCCUUCAACAACUCGGUGAAACGUGUCCCUGGGUAUAUGAUUGCACUAUUGCUUAUGAACCGCUCGGGGAGACAGAUUUCGCUGCAAAGGAGUAUACACUGCGUUCCAUGUUCUUUGAAGGGAAACCACCGCAAGCCGUUCAUAUGCACUGGCGGAAAUUCGCAGUGAGCGAUAUCCCACUAGAUGAUGCUGGUUUUCAAGCGUGGUUGUUUGAGCGCUGGGCAGAGAAGGAGGCCAUGCUGGACAAGUUUUACAAGGGACAAGCAGGACAGCGUGCAUUCGAGGACCGGGAGAAGGUCGUGCUAUGUGAGAUGGGAUUGAACUCAACGUUUGAAGUGGCGAGUAUAUUCGUGCCGAUUGCAACGGCUGCGUUGCUUGUGAAUAUUCUUCUCAAGGUUUCACGCAUGGUGGGCGUGAUGGGCUAG